ACAGCCAUCGGCAUUCGCAACUCAUGAUUAACCUCAACAAUGCACCACCGUCUUUUUCGUGAAGACUUUCUGUUAUCCUCAAGAUCUGAUGGCGUCCUCAAUGUUCUGAACAGCAUCGGCACCGACUCUUGGACGUGAUAUGGCAACGUCUCAAGACUCUCACUGACACAGCCUGUCUUGAGACUUCAUGUGAGAUGGAAGGCUCACCAAACCAUACUUACCUCUCUCCUCCCAUCUCGGCAGCGUCUCCUGCUCCGAGUACAGCGGGUUCCUUCAUAGGUCGAAAUUCAAACCUACCUACACCUCGUACGCAUCCGCUGCGUUCCGGUUCACAGAAAGAAAUUUCCCUCAUCAACUAUCUCGAUGACAAGAUAUUGAGGAUUACGAGGAGAUAUGCCAAAAAAUACAGCAAUGAGAUGAUUGACAAGGAUGAUGCUCGAGGCUAUACCACAUAUGAUGAGUUCGUCUCAGACGUAGAUCCUUUGCUGGAUGUUGUAUGGGUCAGCGGAACACCAACAAUUCAAAUUCCCUAUCUUCUCUCGCUAGCAGGCCUAGCUUGCGCUUACCUGCCGGCAUUUCCAUUUUCAACGACUUUGUUCUACGUCACUGGAAAGAUCGACCUGGGAUUUGCUUCACUACUUCAAUCAUCUAUGGAGAGCGCCACCACGGCUAUUGCCGUCUCUCAUCACGUCUCUGUUACCGAGAAGGUUCGGAUCAAGUCCUUGGUCGAAGAAACGCGCAUUGCGGCUGUAAAUGUUGCCUUAGCUAGCGGUCAUGCUUCCAGUGUACACGAGCUUUCCGACGCAGACACUGAAGACGAUGAUGAAGACAGGUCAGACGGCGAGAACGACGAGCCAGACGAUGAGUCAAACAUGUCAAUCUCUCUUGGGCUGUCUAAAAUCUACAAGAGAACCCUAGAGAUUCUAGGCGAUUCGCUGGGUACCACUACUGAAGUUCAAAUCCAGGCCGACGACGACGACGUUGCCAUGUCUUAG